UCGCCAGUCUCUAAAAGUGUGACUGGAAGUGUGGUCACGAAUGGUGAUUAACACAAACAAAAGGCACUACCAGAAUUUUUAACGUGGCUGUUUAUUUGUGAAAAAUUUGGCACUGUAUUUUGAAAAAUGGGCAAACAAAUGAACAAGUUUCUACUUUUGAUGUGGAAGAACUGGACUCUGCUUAAAAGACGUCCGAUUCACACCGCCUUCGAGAUCAUUUAUCCUGUAAUAAUAUGCAUGAUCCUGGUUUCUGUAAGGAUCAUGAUCACAGUGACGGAAAAGGGGCCGAAAUUUUAUGACCCGUUCAGUGUAGUUAACACCACCCAAGAGUACCAAACCUUUUGCUCCAAGUUGCCUUCUACGGUACUUACUGCUGCCUAUUCCCCCAGCAGCCCAUUACUCAAAAAGGUUCUACAAUCGGUUCUUACCAAAGGGUGCCCUAACUCUCCCAAUGUAGUACAAGAAUACGAAUCGGCAGCUGAUCUAAACGGUGCUAUAGACGCUGACACAGAAUACGCUAACAACCUCACUGUGGUGGUACUUUUCAAUGAUCAACUAAAAGGGAUAUCCAGCAGAGACGCCCUUUCCGAUGUCGAAGUCACCAUAAGACUACCCACUGUACAAGGCGACGACAAGAAGGAAUGGUUCACGAAUUUAAUAUUCCCGUUGUUCCAAACACCCGGACCCAGAGAGCCAGACACCUCGUUUGACAUCGAACCAAAGUAUUUGAGCCGAGGAUUUUUGUACUUUCAACAAGAAAUUACUUUUGCUCUUUUGAAUAAUGGUGACCCUGGAAACCCAGAAAUCGAGUUACAAAUGAACAGAUUCCCUUAUCCGGAAUGGUUAGACGAUUUGUUCUACGCCAACCAGAUGGAAACUAUGGUAACCUUGAUGAUAAUGAUAAGCUUCAUGUACAACUACGUUAACACCAUCCGAGCCAUAACAAUAGAAAAAGAGAAGCAGCUAAAGGAGUCCAUGAAAAUUAUGGGUCUGCCUGGGUGGCUCCACUGGGUCGCCUGGUUCCUACGCAGCUUCAUCAUCCUCCUUCUGGCGAUCAUCCUCAUAAUUAUUGUUCUAACGGUUAAAAUAGGAAACGCACCGGUUUUCACAAACACUGAUCCAAGUGUCUUACUUAUUUUCUUCCUUCUGUUUUCUGCUAGUACCAUCACGUUUACUUUUUUCAUUAGCGUAUGGUUCUCUAAAGCCAACACGGCAACUGCAGUAGGCAGUCUUGUGUUCUUCCUAACCUAUCUGCCGUACUCUCUCCAAACCCAGUCCAACUCGGUGUCUCUGAGGGCAGCUUUAGCCUCAAGCUUAUUGGCCAACUCGGGACUCUCCUUUGGAAUUUCCGCGAUGCUUAAAUUCGAAGCCGUCGGAGAAGGGUCGCAGUGGAGCAACAUGUGGAGUACCACCUCUCCCGACGACCAUUUGACUCUAGGUUCCAUUUUCUUGAUGCUCCUGCUCGACAUUUUUCUAUAUUUGGGUUUGGCGCUCUAUAUUGAAGCGAUUUUCCCGGGAGAAUUCGGGGUACCACAACCUUGGUACUUUCCGUUUAAACGUUCCUACUGGUGCACCAAGUCCGUCCCUGUUGGUAACGAAGUCUUUUCGAAAAACAAGGGUGAAUAUUUUGAAGAGUUCACCGAGAAUUUACCAAUCGGGAUACAGCUGCAGAAUUUGUCGAAAACCUUCGGGGCUAAUAAAGCUGUCAAGAAACUCAAUCUGGAUAUGUAUGAAGGCCACAUUACGGUACUACUAGGGCACAACGGUGCUGGUAAAACCACCACGAUGUCGAUGAUCACCGGAAUGUUUCCACCGACGGGUGGUACCGCUAUGGUCAGCGGGUACGACGUUCGUACCAACAUACAAAGCGUGCGAGAUAGUAUGGGGUUGUGUCUACAACACAAUGUUCUCUUCGACAACUUAACCGUCUACGAGCACUUGUACUUCUUCGGGAAACUGAAAGGGCUGCAGAACAACGAAAUCCAGCAAGAGAUUAACAACUACAUUAAGCUUCUGGAGCUCGAAGACAAGCGACAUGCCCGUUCGAGUACUUUGUCUGGUGGAAUGAAGAGGAAAUUGAGCAUCGGUAUGGCGAUGUGUGGCAAAUCCAAAGUGGUGAUGCUAGACGAACCCACAGCUGGUAUGGACCCUUCAGCAAGACGGGCUAUUUGGAACUUGCUCCAGAAACAGAAAGAGGGACGAACGGUACUUCUAACCACCCACUUUAUGGACGAAGCCGAUUUGCUUGGCGACAGAAUCGCGAUCAUGACCGGAGGGCAAAUGCAAUGUUGUGGUUCUAGUUUCUUUUUAAAACGGAAGUACGGUGCUGGGUACUACUUGAUCAUGGAUAUCACGCAGAACUGUCGACCUGACAAUAUUACUCAGUUGUUGAGGAAGUACAUACCUGAUGUGGAAGUGUUUUCACAUGUAGGGUCUGAGCUGACGUACCAGUUGUCCGAACACGAAUCAGGGAAGUUUGAAGAGAUGUUGCACGAUUUGGAAAACAAUACUACUUCUUUAGGGGUUUUGAGUUACGGGGUGUCACUUACGACUCUAGAGGAAGUGUUUAUGAAGGUUGGAGCUGACCACGACAAUAAGAGUUCGAAGAAGUACAACAAAAACCAGAACGGAAACGAUACCUCGAUUACGGUUGACGCUUUCAACUUCAAUAACUUAGCAGCGUCUUAUUUGAGUGGGUGGCCUUUAAUGAAGAACCAGUUUGUAGCCAUGUUUUUGAAACGGAUUUUGUCGAUACUUCGGUCGUGGUAUUUGUUGAUAAUCCAGAUUAUUUUGCCUGUGGCCCUUUUGGUAAUCACGGUUCUAAACGCUAGGAGUUUUGUUCCCUUGAGUACGUUCCCUUCGUUGGCGCUAUCCUUGGACUCGUACGACGAACCGGUUACCCUUCUUCAAGGAUCGUCUGGAGAUAGUUACUAUGACACCUACAAAGACAUGCUUAAGGGAUACACGGUGAUGCCAACCGACAACCUCAACACGACCAUUUAUGACCAGACUGUGGAUUCUCCGGCUAAUGUUAAAAUGCACUACCUCGUGGGAGCAUCCUUUAACGACACGGUUGCAACGGCUUGGUUCAACGGAGAUCCCUACCAUUCGAUUUCUCUGUCACUGGGUCUUGUCUUGAACACGUUCUACAAGAAGAGUUUAGGGGCAGACAAGUCCAUCCGUUUCUACAACCAUCCACUGCCUCUCAAUAUCGACGCUCAGCUCGACGAUUUACAAUUCAACAUCAUGGGAUUCCAAAUUGCCGUAGAAAUUGGAUAUGGAUUGGCUUUUGUGGCCAGUUUCUACAUCCUAUUUUACAUUCGAGAGCGCGUCAGCAAAUCUAAACACUUACAAUUUGUGUCAGGAGUCAACGUGUUCAUAUUCUGGGGCACUUCCUUCAUCUGUGACCUAAUCACCUACUUGAUAACCAUGUGUGCCAUUCUCAUCACGUUCGCGGCACUCCAAGAAGACGGUUUCAAAACAGCAGACGAAAUAGGUCGAAUGACCCUCGUCUUGGUCUAUUUUGGCUUCUUCGUCCUUCCUUUCGUCUAUCUAACGUCAUAUUUGUUCAAUAUUCCAUCCAGCGGCUUCUCUCGAAUGAUGCUACUAGGCGCCGUGGCAGGAAUGAUCGGAAUCAGUGCCAUGCAAGUAUUGGAAAUGGAGCCUCUAGGUUUGCUGGAUGUAGCCCAUGGACUAAACUGGGUCUUGCUAUUCGUACCUUUCUACACGGUCGCUAAAGGUACCGCCGACCUUGGAUCGAUCUAUCAGUUGCGAACUGUUUGUCUAAAACGAGCCCCCACCCUUGAAAUCGCCUGUCAAGCUACCAGCCAGUGUUGCGGUCUCGACGACUACUACGCCAUGACCACCCCCGGAAUAGGCCGCAACAUCAUCAUCUCCUUCCUCAUGUGCAUCUUCCUCUUUGCCAUCCUCCUCUUCAACGAGUACGGCUUCUUCAGUUUCCUCGUGAACAAACUAAUCAACUACAACAAACCACCCUCGCGUGGGGUGCAACUCGAGGAAGACGUCCAAGAAGAAAACACCAAGAUACAAAGCACCGACGAGAUGGUACUCAACAACAACUACGCCCUAGUGCUGCGGGACGUCACCAAGUACUACAAGAACUUCCUCGCGGUGAACGGUUUGUGUCUUGGGGUGAAACCCUACGAGUGCUUUGGACUCCUAGGGGUGAACGGCGCCGGCAAAACCACCACGUUCAAAAUGAUGACCGGAGAUGAGCAAAUCUCCUACGGGGAGGCCUGGGUUAAAGGCCACGAUAUCAAAACCCAGCAAAAAAAGGUGCAGAAAUUGAUCGGGUACUGCCCGCAGUUCGACGCGCUUCUGGACGACCUCACGGCUAGGGAAACCUUCAAGAUCUUCGCGCUGAUUCGAGGAGUACCGAUGGAGAAUUGUCAACAAUUGGGUGAACACUUGGCGCACGAGUUUGACUUCUUCAAGCACUUGGAUAAGAAGGUCAAGGAGCUGAGUGGCGGGAAUAAGAGGAAGUUGAGUACCGCGCUAGCACUGAUUGGUGAUCCUCCUGUGAUUUAUUUGGACGAACCGACGACUGGGAUGGAUCCUGCUACGAAGAGGUUUUUGUGGACGGCUCUGGGUAAAUUGAGGGACAGCGGGAAGUGCAUUAUUUUGACGUCGCAUAGCAUGGAGGAGUGUGAAGCUCUGUGCACCAGAAUCGCGAUCAUGGUCAACGGGAACUUCCAGUGUCUUGGGUCCACCCAAAGACUGAAAAACAAGUUCGCACAAGGGUUUGCCUUAACGAUCAAAAUGAAGAAGCUUGCUGACCAUUUGGACCUGGAACGAGAAGUGACAGCUAUUGAUAAUUUCAUUCAAAGCAGUUUCCCUGGGGCGGUACUAAAGGAAAAGUACCAGGAACUCUUGUCGUAUCAGUUGGUCAACAACGCGAUUCCGUGGUCCAAGAUGUUUGGGAUUUUGGAACGAAGCAAGAACCAGCUGAACAUUGAAGAUUAUUCGCUGGGGCAGUGUAGUUUGGAACAGGUGUUCCUAAGCUUUACGAAGUACCAAAACUAGUUUGUGCUCGACAAACCAAUCUCUUCGUGUACUUUUUCCCCCGAUGGAAUGGAGUGUCAGUUAUUUAUUGCGCAUGGACGAAUUUUUUAAUUAACUUAUUUUAACUUAAAAUUGUAAGGUUCAUCGUCUGUGGUGAUUUAAGUAAAAGUGUUUUCCACUUUCUGUAACAAUAAUAAUAAUAAUAAUAAUAAUAAUAGUAAGUGCGGUAUCAUGACACCAACUCUGCGUGAACUUUUAAUGGACACGUUUUUUGCCUAAAAUUGUGUCCGGAAGUGGAAAAAUGAUAUAUACAAGUCGGGAUGUGGUGUUGACCAGUCUCGGGCUGUUUUGCCAGGUUUUGUCAUCGUUCUCGACUGGUAAUGAUCACCUCUCCCUUUUAACACAAAUAACUUAUUUGUUCUAGUCAAUAACGCUUAAUUUUUAAUUGCACAUAAGUUUCUGUAAGAUGUAUUUUGUGUUGCCUGCAUUACAAAUAUAUUAACAUAGACUGUAACAAUGAUAAUUAUUUUUUUAUGGAGCCGAUGUGAAUAAAAUGGAUUUAUGGACAAA